AUGGCGCACAUGUGCAGGCAGAUCACCGGCAGCGCAGCGAGCUGUGCGGGCUGGGUCGGAAUCAUCGUCGCCACGGCCACCAACGACUGGGUCCGGACUUGCGACUACACGGUGGCCACCUGCGUCCGUAUGGACGAGCUGGGCUCCCGGGGACUCUGGGCAGAGUGCGUCAUCUCUCCGGCGCUUUAUCACUGCGUGGCCCUCAACCAGAUCCUCACCCUGCCAGCCUACGUCCAAACGUCUCGUGCCCUGAUGAUCUGCGCAUGUCUCCUCGGUCUCCCCGCGAUGCUGCUGGUGCUCAUGUCGAUGCCCUGCGUGCGGCUGCAGAACGACAACUCUGCCGUCAAGCAGCGACGCGCCCGGGUGGGAGGCAUCCUCUUCAUCAUCAUGGCUGUGUUUGGCAUCAUAUCGACUGUCUGGUUUCCCAUCGGUGUUCACCAAGAUGAGGGUCUGAUGUCAUUUGGCUUCUCUCUAUACGCCGGCUGGGUUGGUACUGCUCUCUGUUUCCUGGGCGGGUCAAUUAUCUUGUGUUGCUAUGGCACCGACCCUGGGACCCCGAGCAGGGACAACAGCUUCUACUACUCCAGGCAGGGGGGUACUGCGAUGCCGCUGGAUCCCCCCGCCAACCACGCCAAGAGUGCACGAGUGUGAAGAAGAUGUGGUUGUCUGUCCCUUGUUUUAUAUGCAAUUUUUAGAUUCAGCUGAUCCAACUCAUAAGACGUGAGCAUGUUGGGGUUUAGUGCCUUGCACAAGGGCAGCAAGGAGCCAAUCAUAGCUACAGGAACUGAGGCACAAAUAAUCUCAUUGGUUGGUUGAAUUUUUGUCUUUAUGCAGAUUUUACAGUUUUACAUAAUUUUGAAAUAGCAAACUGUUGCUUGUAUGUGUUGAUGAGAUUCUGCCAUUUUAGAACUUGAGAUUUUAAAGUGGCAAUAGACAAUUUUUUUUUUUUUUUUUUUGCUUUAACUUAUCAUUAUGAAGUAGAUGUUGAUUUCUCAGUGCUAUAGAAUAAUGACACCAUCAGUGUUUCGGCUGAUUCCCUUUAAACCUCCCUGUUGCAAUUCUGUCUGCCACUGGGUACAAUCUCCUGGGAAAAUAAUAAUGUUUUACAACACAAUACUAAAUAAGUAAGAAACAAUACCUGCC